AUGCCCAAGUUUUCUCUGAUACACAGACCAUAUACAAGAAAACUCUCUCAGGGCAUUAUGAAAAAAGCAACUGAUCAACAGACACAAGCAUAUUUUGGACAGUUUAAGAUUAAAAAUAGUUCAAAAUAUAAAUCAACAACAGAUAUUCCAUUUCCAGAGACACAUAACGAGUUUUUAAAGACACAAGCAUUUGAACCAGUCGAAACUUUAAAAGCAAAACAAAUUUUAAUGAAAGAUUCACAUAGUAUUCACUCUUUAGUUCUCAAGCCAUUAUAUUUCCUUUUAUUAUCAAUUUUGACAUUAUCAUUGCAUAUGCUUGGCAUCAAGAGGAGAUAUAAUUUAUAUCUUACGAUAAUAUUUUUCGUUUUAACUUUAAGUAACAUUUUCUUUGCUAUUCUUGAGAUUAUUAAGCGCAGAAGAAAUACCACUCGCGAAAUAUUUAUUCCUGUUAAACAACAAAAGCAAGAAUUUGAUCUUCAAAAUCCAUAUCUCAAAUUUGUUAAAGAUAACUCAACAGUUGUUCCUCUUCCUACUGCUGUUUCGAAUGCUGCACUCGAUCUCUACCGUCCAUUUGUUCCAUCAGACCGUCCAACAGCUUCAUUUCAAUCAAAUGUCAAUACUCUUUCAAUCGACACUUCUAUCGACCAGCUUGCGGCGGAUUCCCUCAGAUCUCUUGGUCUUUCCGACUCAGAGUACGGCCAAUACCUUCUCAACUUCAAGACUUUCAUUUCAAAUAUUAUUCUCAAGAAAUUGGUCAAAGAAUUACAUUCAGACAGUCAUCUUAUCGAAGCUAUAGUAUCAUUACCCGCAUACGAGAACCACCGCGAGUACGUUAUCGAGAGAAUCAAGAAACUGGCCGCAUCUCAAUAUUUGGCCGGUCAUUUUGGCGACCGUGGCGAUCGUUUCAAGGACUCAGAGUGGAACAGCGAGAUGCCAUCCGACAACCAGAUCCUCAUGCAUGUUUUCGGAACAUGGCUUUCUUAUUUCAUGAGCCACAACAAGAAACAUCAUCUUACAAACAUUUUCAAGACGAAAUUCGUCACUUUAAAGAGAGAUCCUUCUCUCGAGUCCACCCAGGGACAGUUGCUUUGUGUCGAAGACUGGGUAAGAUUCUAUGUUCUCGCAAAAGAUAAAAAGACCGGCCAAACCAGAAGAUUUUGGGCUUUUCCAGGAAGAGAUUCGAUGUAUUCCGCGCUUGUAAUCUUCUUCUACAUCAUCAAGAGAGAUGAGAACAAUAUCCUCGACUGCGCUGAUUUGCAGGUCGAGCCAAUUUGUAUGGAUAGAGUAUUUUCAAUGUCAAGAUUUGAAUAA